AUGUCUGACCAGAAAGCCCUUUAUCUCACCGAGAAGCACGGUGCCUUCGUCCUCGGCACUGCACCGAUGUACAAGCCCGGCCCAGGCGAGAUUCUGAUCAGAAUCGAGUCCACGGGGUUGAACCCCGCCGACUGGGCCAUCCAGACUUAUGGAAUGCUCAUCGAGAAGUACCCCGCGAUCCUUGGUAUCGACAUCGCGGGUACUGUCGAGGAAUUGGGAGAGGGUGUCACGCGCUAUAAGAAGGGCGACAGAAUACUUACGAAGGGGACCAUCGGCAAGUACGAACGUACCGCUUUUCAGCAAUACGCGCUCGGAUAUGAGGAUACGUCCGCAAAGAUACCUGAGGGCUUAUCGUUUGACCAGGCCGCUACCAUCCCCCUCGGUCUCUGUACCGCAGCCGUCGCGCUGUACCACGAUGGUGUCAACGUCAUUGGCGGAACAUGCGGGCUGACUCCUGCCUGGGAAGAUGAGGGGCGCGGAAAGUACGAAGGCCGGCCCGUCGUCGUCCUCUCUGGCGCGGGCUCUGUCGGGCAAGCGGCCAUUCAGUUGCUCAAGCUCUCCGGCUUCAACCCGCUCAUCACGACAGCGUCUCUCAGCAACGCCGAGUAUCUCAAGCAGCUGGGUGCGACCCACGUCCUCGAUAGGAAGCUCCCCUCGGAGGAGCUUUACAAGGAGAUCAGGAAGAUCGCGUCGAAGCCGCUCACGACCGUCUUCGACGCCGCCGGAUUUCCCGAGACGCAGAACCUCGGAUACGACCUCCUCGCAUCCGGCGGCACGAUGGCCGCGGUCAGGCCCGACGCCGUCAACCCGGAUAAGAAGGUCGACGACAAGAAGUCGUUCUUCAUGUAUGCGGACGUGACCCUGCCGCAGAACCGCAAGCUAGGAGCGAGCCUGUUCGGGAAGCUAACGGAGCUGCUGGAGACCGGGGAUCUCAAGCCGAAUCAUGUCGAAGUGGCUCCCGGCGGCCUUGAAGGGAUCAUUCCUGCCCUCGAGAAGCUGAAGAAUGGAGUGAGCUGUGUGAAGCUCGUCGCGCACCCACAGGAAAGCACGUGA